GAAGAAGAGAAAUUAAUCCAGCAGGAACUGAGCAGUUUAAAGGCCACUGUUUCUGCUCCCACGACGACACUGAAAACAAUGAAAGAAUGUAUGGUGAGACUUAUAUAUUGUGAAAUGCUUGGAUAUGAUGCUUCCUUUGGCUAUAUACAUGCAAUCAAGCUGGCCCAACAAGGAAAUCUCUUAGAAAAAAGAGUAGGUUAUCUGGCUGUGUCUUUAUUUCUCCAUGAAAGUCACGAACUGUUGCUUCUCCUGGUGAAUACCGUGGUAAAGGAUUUGCAGAGCACUAACCUGGUAGAAGUUUGUAUGGCACUUACUAUCGUCAGCCAGAUUUUCCCUCGAGAAAUGAUCCCAGCUGUUCUUCCACUAAUCGAAGACAAACUCCAACAUUCUAAGGAGAUUAUCCGAAGGAAAGCUGUGCUGGCGCUGUACAAAUUCCAUCUCAUUGCUCCUAACCAAGUGCAGCAUAUCCACGUUAAGUUUCGGAAAGCGCUUUGUGACAGGGAUGUGGGGGUGAUGGCUGCUUCUUUGCAUAUAUAUCUCAGGAUGAUUAAGGAGAAUUCGUCUGGCUAUAAAGACCUGACUGGGAGUUUUGUAACAAUCUUAAAGCAGGUAGUUGGAGGAAAGCUCCCAGUGGAUUUCAAUUACCACAAUGUACCAGCCCCAUGGUUACAAAUUCAGCUUUUGAGAAUACUAGGACUUCUAGGAAAAGACGACCAAAGGACAAGUGAAUUAAUGUAUGAUGUUCUUGAUGAAUCCUUGCGAAGAGCUGAGUUAAGUCACAAUGUCACUUACGCUAUUCUGUUCGAAUGUGUGCAUACGAUCUAUUCUGUCUAUCCCAAGUCAGAGUUACUUGAGAAGGCUGCCAAAUGCAUUGGAAAAUUUGUUCUGUCACCUAAAAUAAAUCUGAAAUACUUGGGCCUGAAGGCUCUUACCUACGUUGUGCAGCGGGAUCCCACCCUGGCUCUUCAACACCAGAUGACAAUAAUUGAGUGCUUGGACCAUCCUGAUCCCAUUAUCAAAAGAGAGACUCUGGAACUUCUUUACAGAAUUACGAAUUCACAGAAUGUAACCGUUAUUGUCCAGAAGAUGCUUGAAUAUUUACAUCAGAGCAAAGAAGAAUAUAUCAUCGUCAACUUAGUUGGCAAAAUAGCUGAGCUGGCCGAGAAAUAUGCUCCUGAUAACGCGUGGUUUAUUCAGACGAUGAAUGCUGUGUUCUCAGUAGGGGGAGAUGUAAUGCACCCUGAUAUCUCCAGUAACUUUCUGAGGCUGCUAGCAGAAGGUUUUGAUGACGAGACGGAAGAUCGGCAGUUAAGAGUCUAUGCAGUUCAGUCUUAUCUCAGUUUAUUAGAUGUGGAAAAUGCAUUUUAUCCACAGAGAUUUCUUCAAGUUAUGAGUUGGGUAUUAGGAGAGUACUCUUACCUCUUAGAUAACGAAAAGCCAGAGGAAGUUAUAAACAGGCUGUUCAAGUUACUUAUGAGUGACUCCAUUUCUUCAGAAACAAAAGCCUGGUUGAUUGCUGCAGUGACCAAGUUAACACCUCAAGCCCAGACUUCUAGUACAGUGGAGAGAUUAAUCCAGGAAUUCACUGUGUCUUUGGAUACGUGUGUGAGACAGCACACAUUCGAAUUAAAGCAUUUGCAUGAGAAUGUAGAAGUUAUGAAGAACUUGCUUCCAGUCAAUAAGAGCUGUGAAGACCUGGUGGUAGAUGCUUCCUUAUCUUUCCUGGAUGGUUAUGUGGCUGAAAGACUCAGUCAGGGGGCAGCACCUUACAAACCUCACCACCAGCGCCAGGAGGAAAAGCUUUCUCAGGAAAAAGUUCUCAAUUUUGAACCAUAUGGACUCUCCUUUUCUUCAUCUGGUUUCACUGGACGACAGUCUCCUGCUGGCAUUUCUCUUGGUUCAGAUAUAUCUGGGAACAGUGCUGAGACAGGGCUGAAAGAGACAAACAGCUUGAAGCUGGAAGGCGUAAAGAAACUCUGGGGGAAGGAGGGCUAUCUCCCCAAGAAGGAGAGCAAAGCAGGGGAGGAGAUGGAGGCUUCGCCUGCUCCUCUGGAGAACGCGGUGUCAGAGAACAUGGACCAAGCUGGAACAAGAAGGGAUCAAGCUCCAGUCCUUGCCCAGUCUAAAGAAGAGAAGGAAAAACAGCUGUUGGCGUCGUCAUUGUUUGUUGGGCUAGGAUCAGAAAGUCAGAUCAACUUGCUAGGAAAAGCAGACAACGUCUCUCACAAGUUCAGAAGAAAAUCAAAAGUCAAGGAGGCCAAAAGUGGAGAAGCAGCCAGUGCCCGUGAUCUGACCUGUUCUUCUCUGCACUCUCCGUCGCAUGUGGCUCACGAAGAGAACGAUUACUUGACUGCUUUGCAGGACAGAGGAAGCGCAGAAGCAGAGGAAUUUCCCCUUGGCUCAGAGCUUUUGGAUCCAGAGUCUGUCUCAGAACUGCCUGUGGUUGGGAAGCUCUCCGACUGCGCCCUGUCUGCACCUUCCUUGUUUGCUGAUAGUGACAUGGAAGUUUUUCACCCUCCUUCGUCUGCUGCAGCUUCUGCAUCUGCUGCGGCUCCAGUGACUGCAGAAAUCGCCUUAGCCUCUUCCUUUUUGGAAGAAACUACUGAGGACGUGCGUUCAGGUCGUGUGGAGGUCUGUAGUGACGAAACUGUGACCAUGUCUUCUUACAAACUCUGGAAGGAUGAUUGUUUACUGAUGGUCUGGUCAGUUGCUACUAAGAGUGGUUCUGAGUUGAAAAGUGCUAACUUAGACAUUUUUCCUGCAGAAAAUUUCAAGACCAGUGAGCAACCUGGAUGCUGUUUGCCUGCAGCAGAAGCAGGAAGCACCAAAACUUUUCAGUACCGCCUACAGGUGGAAAGGCCUUUCACGGAAGAGACUCUCUCCGGUUCUGUCAGUUAUCAGAGGGUGGAUACUCACGCUGUUCAGCUGGAAUUUUCUGUAAACUUAUCACUGUUAGAUUUCAUUAGGCCAUUAAAGAUCUCAACUGAAGACUUUGGUAAACUGUGGUUAUCCUUUGCGAAUGAUGUGAAGCAGAAUAUAAAAAUGUCAGAACCUCAAGCUGCUCUGCCUUCUGCCCUCAAAACGCUGCAAGAGAAAGUGAGGCUUCAUGUGGUUGACGUCCGAGGCAAUGAAGGGCUGUUGGCCUGUCGGCUGCUCCCGUCCACCCCCAGCCUACUGCAUUGCCGUGUCCACGCUGACGGAUUAGCGCUGUGGUUCAGGUCUUCCUGCCCCGCUCUUCCGGACUGUUUAUCGUAUCAGUGUCAAAAGGCGAUAGAGGGAUCCUAGCAGAGCCUGCCGGACUGUGUCAAGAUUAAUGGUUUACACACAUAAACUUAUUUACCAAAGUUAAAGAACUCAUGGUACUUAUCAUGCAGAGGGGAAUGUUACAAAUUGUGAUUUAUGUGUUUUCUUUUCGACUGUUGGUCAAGAACGAUCCCCAAGGAAGUUUACCCCUACACUUUCACUCAGGAUUGUACAGUAUGUUUGGGUCCAGGAUAGUGACCUAAGCUAAAUAUUAUAAAAUGCUAAUGAUUUAUAUUAGCAUAAAGUAUAGUGGUACUUACAUAGGAGUACUUUAGUAUAGAGGUAAUGAAAAUAUCUAUUUUGUUAUAAUUUUAUAGCAAGUUUACUUUAGUACUAGCUAAUUUGUAAUAAAGACAAGAUUCAGUUCUCUGUAUUAAUGGAAUGGAGACAUGAAGUUGAUAAUCCCAAAGCUAACUAUGACUUGGCUUCAGAACGCAGUGUGUUUUGGUAGGUAAAUCAGUCCUUUUAGUUAUGUUUUGCUUGGAUGACUGUUGACCUAAGUUGGCAUAGCACACUUUAGCAGUUGUGGGACAUCCACAAGCAUGCUGGGUACUGGGGAGAGAUUCAGUCUGUGAUAAUGUUUUUUACUGUAGACAAUUUAUUAUACAUAAUUCCAGGUAAUUUGGCUAUGAAAUUUACCUGUUUGCCAUUUUAAAACUUAAACUGAAUCACUAUAUUCUUACUUAAAACUGGAGCACUUGCAGCAUGUUUCUAUAUAGAAGCAGACCCCAUGAGAAAGCAAACAGAUACAAAAGGCCUUUCGAUGUGACUAGUAUCUUAGCCAGUUACCACGUAGGUUGUUUGGCACAUUAAAAUUUGUUACUAGCGUAUAAAUGUUCAGAUUAUCUUCUCUGGUCUUCGGAUCUGCUGUCAUCCCGUGGAUCCAGCUGAAGCCACGACCAGCUAAGUGCACCGUGCAGGUUCUGCAGUAACACGUGCCGUGCUCAUGCUGUCGCUGUGUCUGCGUGGCCACUGUCAGAAUCAUCGUCAGUAAACGAAGAGGUGAUGUCUAAUCUGAGUGAUGGACCAAAUCUGGACAUUUACCUUAACUAAAGCAGUAUUUUAUAAAACCUUAUGGUGCUGCAGAAAGUAGUCCUCAUGUGAUUUUUUUCUGGCGUCACCAUGGAGACAGUUGAGGUAACCCCGUGGGAAGUCAUUGUGCUCAGCGCUGGUGGGUCAGUGCCGCUUCUCGCCGGGUGGUGUUCCUCUUCUAGAUCCCGCCCCACUCCUGCCUGGUACAGACCCGUGGGGCCCCAGGGUGGUCAGUUGUUCAGAGCACAAGUAAAAGCCUUGUUUUUUGGAUUAAUUUUUAAGUUAUUUUAGAAGUGUAACAUUUUGUUAAUUUUACUCCUAAAAACAUGCAGUGAAACCUUGCUGGAAAAGUGACGGGUGGCUGGAUCUGCUUGUGAUUUGUCCAGAAGGUCGGGCCCAGGCUGAGUCCCCGUGGUGGCAGUGAACGAUUCUACUGACGCUGGGGGUUGCUGGCCAUGCACAACCGGCUUCUCCACCUCCUCCACGCCCGCCUGUCCAGCGUCCCCAUGCCUCGCCCGACCCUGCCAAUCCUCUGGCAGCGGAGAGGACAGCCGAGCAGGCUGUGGCGCGGACAGUGCCCGGUGCUGCCCUGCCUUUGCUCCGAGGCGGGGUCAGAUGCACGCAGCCCAGGGCCGCUCUCCGGGGGGCCACAGGGCACGCUUGUGAGUGGUAGCAGCAGCUGUAAUGAGACGUGCCCGGUGUGCAGCGCUGUCCAGUGGCGGGAGCUGUGCACCGGUGCCAGGUUUGGGGCUAGGAGCACAGUUUUAGGUUGGCCACAGAGAACGUGGCUCAACUUCUGUUCUCUCUGGACCCACUAAUCACAAGUCGGGUACAGAGUUCCUGUUGAAAUGUCCAGUGCAGUACUUACAGUUUUUAUGUUUUUAUGAUUUUAAAAACAGGUACUAGAGAAUAGGUGCUGAAGGACUCUCGGUCAGUCCGUGGUCUGCCCACAUCACUUUUAAGUUCUAGCAGGCGUCGUCGGCCUGUCUGCGUCGAGGGGGGUGUGGUCCUGGGGGAGGCCGAGGUCUGCAGACAGACUCACCGUCCACUCUCCUCUGUCACGGGCAGGGAAGGCGGUCCCUAGCAUCAGUGCUGCGCUGCCGUGGUGCAAGGGAUGCUUAGCCGGGCGAGUUUUGUGCCGGGCUCUUUGCAGAGCGUGGAGCCGUGGAGGAAUACAGACCACAGGAGAGCCUUAGGGGCAGGCGGAGCGGUGCCCAGGCCCCACCAGAGCGGUCCCUGGGGCGGUGGGGAGGCUGCCUGGGAGAGCCGCCUGAGAUGCCAGGGAGUGCCUUUCACAGCGUGAUGCUGUCGGCUGCCGCAACGGUUGUGGUAAAAGUGCAGUGUUUACUUUUAUUUUUCUUUUAUUUUUAUUUCAUGUCAGUAUUUUUCAGAUGUUGAUGUACUUGUCUGUUUUAUGGACAAACGUGUUUGUCCUGAGAUUGUGAGCUGCAGAAAGUGCACUGAACUCACACCCGUGUCUUAGGCUGUUGCGCUGUGUUAAAAUGUUAGGAACAAAUGCAACCGAGUGACCCUUUAACCGGCAUUCAUUACCUUACUGCGAAGUUGAACUCUGUAAUUUGAAUAUGUGCAGUUAAACAUAGAAUAAAUACAGUGACCUGUA